AUGUUUUUAGGGCACCUACUGCCAAGGAAAUGGGAAAACUGCAUGAGUUUGGAUAGGGAUUCAUGGGGAUAUAGAAGAAACAUGAAGCAACUGGUUAGAACGAUAGCUUGUAAUGGCAAUCUCUUGCUGAACAUUGGACCCGAUAAUCAUGGCGUAAUUCCUCCAAUAUUCGAAGAACGAUUAAGAGAACUUGGUGAAUGGGUGUCGCGAAAUGAAGAAGCUAUUUUUAAAACUUAUCCUUGGAUGUACCAAAAAGAUCCGGGAAAUAUAUGGUAUACAGUAAGCGUUCCACAGUCCUAUAAGGUCGAAACCGCAUGGGCACCACACUUUACGGGAUCAAAAUUAUACGCAUUUGUACUGGACUUCCCAACUGGAAAAUCGCUCCAUUUGCCAUCUGUUUUAUACACAAAUAAGACAACUGCUGGAGUUCUACUGGGAAACGGUAAAAUCAAAGAUCUGAAAGUUCAUGGAGUGGAAAAAAAGCCUCUCACUCUUAGUUUAGCAACACAACAGUAUUUGGCUGUUUUGAGCCCGAUAGUUAUUCGUAUCGAGAAUUUUGCAGCGCAUUAUACAAUUGCUUGUGAACUGUAUUAUAGAGCUACAACAUCGACAUUGGAAGAGUAUGUAUUACGCACAAGAAUAGAACUAAAGAGCUCGCUGAUAGUUCAGAAAGUCUGGUGGUUUGUCUAA